GCGCAACAUCGUUGUCGCACCUUCUUCUACCUGCCUCGGAAAACGAAAAAGAAAAGCACACCCCGCAGUCGCCUGACGCAGUGACGCUGCUCUCUCUCACCCUUCACCGCUCACACACACACCCACCCACACACACACAGACGCAACGAUGAGGCACUCGCUGACCCUUGCGUCGUCACCGCAGCCGGCAAAGAAGCUCUUUGUCACCGACAUCGUCCACAAAGCGGCAGAGCGGCUAGGGAGGAAGCUGGUGUGGCGUGUGGCGACGCAUCUGGAGGCGCUGCCCUCCCCUGCCCCGGCGAGCGCCGUGCGGGAGUCGUUGCGUGACCUUUCCAUCUUCCUCUCCGACGAGGACUUCGCCGCGAUGGCGCAGGCGUACGCAGCUACGGGUCGCACGGCGAACCACGAUGGACACGACGGUGCGGCGCACCACACACAGCGCAGCAGCAGCGACGGCACCAGCCCCAACAGCAGCAGCAGUAGCGCUUCUGCGGUCAACACGGCCGCCUUGCUGGAGGACCUGUGCACGCUGCCGCUGAGUCCCCGGCGACGGUACGUGCUGGACCUCGUCCUUCGUAAGCUGGACCCCAACAGCACCGGCGUCAUCUCCUACACCACGCUCAGCAGAGAAUACGAUGUGCUGCGUCACCCCGAGGUGUGCAGCGGCGCUCGCAUGGAGGACGAUGUGUUGAUGGAGUUCUUCGACAACUUCGCGCCGGAGGAUGGGAACUGCAUGGAGCAGCUGACGACGGCGGAGCUGCGGAUGUACGCCGUGGGCCUCUCCACCGCCAUGACCGACGACACGGAGUUUGAGCUGUGGUGCACGCGGGGCUUCUGCCUGGAUCGGCCGAAGCUGCAGCUGGGCGAGGAGACGGGCUGGGUGGUGGGGUCGCGUCAGCACUCCCGGCAAAGCCGUCUUCUUGGGGAAAGCCGCAAGCACCCGCUCUUCUCCACCACGUAUGAGGAGUACGGUAAGGAUGCGACGCGGGCGGAUUAUAAGCGGCCGGCGAACGGGCGGCCGCAGGAGUUCACGAAGAACGUCGUCGUGCGCACCGGGGGGACGACAUCGAUGAAUAUGUAA